AUGUCUUCUACAAAUGCCUCUAAUUCCUCUUCCACUGCCAUUACCCCUGUAUGGAGUUAUGACGUUUUCUUGAGUUUCAGAGGUGAAGACACCCGUAAAGGUUUCGUCGACCACCUCUACACAACCUUAUACGAAAAGGGUAUCCACACUUUCAAAGAUGACACUGAACUCAAGAGAGGGAGUUCCAUUUCCACAAAACUCGAAAAAGCUAUUGAAAGCUCUGAAGUCGCACUCGUUAUCUUUUCAGCAAACUAUGCUAAUUCCACUUGGUGUUUAGAUGAGAUUGUUAAGAUCGUUGAAUGUAACCAGAAAUUUGGCCAAAAGAUUUAUCCUGUAUUCUACGAUGUGGAUCCUUCUGAUGAGAAGAUUGAGAGCUGGAGAAAUGCUUUGAAGGAAGCUGCUAAUGUUUCUGGAUGGGAAAUCAAACAUUUAGCAGAUGGGCACGAGUCAAAAGGCAUCAGAGAAAUUGCUCUAGAUAUUUUAAACAAUUUGAGCCAUAACGUCUCUCAAGUUAAAGAAAGCUUGAUUGGAGUAGAGUCGCAUGUUGAGCAGGUGAUGUCACUGUUAAAUCUUGAGUCAACUGGAGAUGUUCGCAUGAUCGGUAUAUGGGGUAUGGGUGGCAUCGGAAAAACAGCUAUUGUCAGGGCUGUUUUCGAUCAAAUAUUUAGCAAAUUUGAAGGCAGUAGCUAUCUGGACAACGUAAGAGAAGUUUCCAAAACUCUAGGACUGAAUUCAUUAGAAGAAAAAUUACUCUCCGACACUCUGAUGGAAAAAAGUGCAAAUCUCCACAAUAACACGUCUAUCUUAUUCAGAAGGUUACGUCACAAAAGGGUGCUUGUUGUUCUUGAUGAUGUCAGUGAACUUGAGCAUUUAGACCGAUUGGCUGGAGGGCAUGAUUGGUUUGGUGCCGGAAGCAGAAUCAUCAUAACAACAAGAGACAGGCAGUUAAUUUCGUCACGUGGAAUUGAUGAUGUAUAUGCGGUCAGUGUCUUAGGGACUGAUGUAGCAUUGAAGUUGUUUAGCAAAUUUGCCUUUAAGGGAGGUGUUCUCAAAGAUGAAUUUAAAAACCUUGCAUGUACGGCAGUUAGAUAUGCUCGCGGUCUUCCUUUAGCUCUUAAGGUGUUGGGCUCUUCUCUACAUGGUCGAGAUAUAGAUAACUGGAAAAUUACAUUGGAUGGUUUGAAAGAAAUUCCGGAAGAUAAAAUCUUGGAGAAGCUGAAAGUGAGUUUUGAUGCACUCAAUGACAUGGAGAAGAAGAUAUUCCUGGAUAUUGCUUGUUUUUUCAAGGGAAAGAAGAAAGAAAAUGUGAUGAGAAAACUUGACGGCUUAGGUCCCCAAGCUAAGAUUGGAGUAAGUGAUCUGAUUCAAAAAUCUCUUAUAAAUGUAACCACUGAUAACAGGUUUCAGAUGCAUAACUUAUUACAAGAGUUGGGUUGGUACAUUGUGCGACGUCCACAUCCUAACGAGCCUGGGAGACACAGCAGGUUAUGGUUACCUGAGGAAAUAAGCAUUGUGCUAACCAAAAAUGUGGGAACGGAAGAUAUUGAGGGCAUACAUGUGGACUACUCAGAUCCAAAGAGCAUGGAAAUUUGCUCGAAAGCCUUUACAAAUAUGAAAAACCUGAGGAUACUCAAAAUCCACAAUGCAUGCAUUGAGCAAAUGCCAGAUUCUAUUCCAAGUGACUUGCAAUGGCUUGAUUUGCACAAGUACCAAACGAGGAUUCUGCCUCCAAGUUUUCAAGGAGAAAAGCUCGUUGGACCUUGGAGGACUAGAAAAGGCACAAUUGAAAACCUUGGACAAGUCGAAUCCUUGGAAGAACUUCUUGUGGAUGGAACUGCUAUUACACAACCACCGCCUUCCAUUACGCUUUUGACGAAGCUGAAUGUCUUAUCAUUCAGUAGAUGCAAGCGGCCAAAAUCUCGGAGUUCUCUGUUUUCGGGUAAUCUGGAGUCAUCAGUCUCUUCUAUAUCUGGCAUGUUACCUUUGCAAAAGUUAGGACUCUCCAGUAGUAACCAGACAAAAUGUUCUUUGCCUCCACCCCGACCAUCUUUAACAGGUUUAUGUUCCUUAAAAAAAUUGGAUCUCAGUUCCUGCGAUCUACUUGAGGAACUUUCAGCUGAUCUUGCCAGCUUGUCCUCUUUGGAAGAGUUAGAUCUGAGCGGGAAUAAUUUUGUAGCGUUUCCUGCAAAAAUUUCUGAACUUCCUCGACUCAAAAUCCUAAAACUGGAAAGUUGCACACGUCUUGAAUCACUGCCGGAUUUACCAAAAAGUAUAGCUGUACUAGAUGCAGAUGAUUGCUAUUCAUUAAGCUUGGUUGAUCUCUCUGAAAAGCUUGCAUUCUUGUGGAAGGUCUCACUUUUCAAUUGCUUCAAACUGGUCAAAAAUGAGGAGAACAAUAAUACUGCUGAUAAGCUUCUACACACUCUACUUCAGGGACAACCUGUUGUCGAUAAUCGAUUUAGUAUAAUCAUUCCUGGAAGGGAGCUUCCAGAAUGGUUCAGUUACCAAAACAUGAGUCAUUCAGUAACCAUUCCUUUAACUCCAGAUUGGCAUAAGAAUGUUAAUGGGAUUGCAGUUUCCAUCGUUUUUGAGCGUCUGGUGUCAAAAUCAAAAAUAGGGGUCGUGUUUAAAUUGAUAAGCCGGGAUCAUGAGGAGUUCACUGCUAAUAUUACCCCAACUGCCACUAAGCUUCUAGAGAACUAUGGAUCUGCUCAUGUAUGGAUUGGCUACAUAUCAUUCCAUCUUUUCCAACUUCUAUUUCCGAAAUUUCAGUUAGAUGAUUGGGCUAAAAUAGAGGGAUGUCUUACAAUUAGUACAAUGGAUGAGGCAUGGAUUAAGCCAAGAGGAUGUGGGAUUCGCUUUGUGUACAAAGAAGCGUUGGCGCAAUAUAUGGAGACUCGUCCUGGGAUUGACCAAGAAUUGAACAUAUCAAAAGAGGCAGAAGAGAGUAUCGAUGUACUGACUUUUGGUGUCAAUCAAUUGAACUGGAGUGUAGAUCCUGUCGAGGAAGAGGGCAUUCAAAUUCAAAGUUUGAGAUCCUCCACUGCCUUCAAGGUACAGAAGACCCUAUCAUUUGAUUACUAG